CCUAUCCCAAUCCCAGAUUCCGGCUCCUGGCCGAUUUCCCGCGCGCGUCACCCGAUUGGAAUCCGAUGACGUCAGCGGCUGUUCGGCUGCACAAAGUUCCAGAGAAACUUUCCCGGGAGCGGCGGCGGCGGGAGCAGGUACCGGGGACGCGCACGGGCGGCGGCGGGAGCAGGUACCGGGGGCGCGCACGGGCGGCGGCGGGAGCCGAGCCCCCGGUGAUGUCUGGCCCCACGUGGCACCCCCCGAAGACCGGCGGCAGCGCGGCCGAGAGUGCUGCCCCUCCCCUCGGGUUCCGGCAGCCAAAGGUCGCCCCCCCGUCCGCCCUCAGGACCAAGGACGAGUCGCUGGAGCAGAAUGGGGGGUUGAACAGUGGAGGAGGGCGGGGGCGUUACCCGUCCCCCCAGUCAGGGCUGGCCCCCACCAGCUGCUCCGAGGACCCCAGACUGUCACGGCCCUCGCUGAUCACAUCCAACGAGCAUCGCUACCCUCCAGGGCCGGCGGGACGGGAGGCGGGCAUCCAGGCGUCCUGGAGCCAGGCACAGCCACAGGUGGCCCACGAGAUCCAGACCCGGCCCCAGGAGAAGACGAUGAAUCGGCCGUCGAGCAUCGAUGCGGAGAUCGACUCGCUCACCAGCAUGUUGGCCGACAUGCAGAACAACUCGCCCUUCCACCCCAGGCCCCGGCAGAACUACGACAACAGCCUGGCCCCCUACCAUCCCCAGCCCCCCCCUCCCCCGGCCCCCGUGCCCCCUAAACACGCGCCCCCCUACAAACCGCUGGCUCAGUCCCCGGUCACUGCGGCGACCAGAGCCCCCGGGCAGCCUGAGGCAUACCCUGGCCCGCGGCCGGUCGCCUAUGGCAAUGCCGGGGCCUACCCAUCGCCCGGUGCCCCACGACCCUACCCGCAGCCUGUGGCCGCCUCCUACACCACCGCCUCCACCUCGGCCGGGACCCCCUUCAAUGUCCAGGUCAAGGUAGCCCAGCCGGUGCCCAACUACACCCAGCCGGGACGCCAGGCCGAGCAAGCCUAUGGCCCGCCGCCCCCCCGCCAGGCCCAGGCCCACCAGCUCCCUGAGCCCCCGUAUCGUGCCCCACAGCCCAGGUACCCCGAGCCCUCGUACGCAUCGGCUCCUGAGCCCCACCCCCCGCCGGCCUCCCCCAGCUGGUACCCAGCCACCACCCACUUCUCCGGAGGUCCCGCCGGCCUCCCGGACCCCCACUACGGGCCAGAGGGGAUGUACGGGCCGCGCCGGCCUGAGCUCGCAUUCUACGGGGCCGCGCACAAGCCGCCGGGUCAGUUCCAGCACUUUGGCGGCAAGAAGGGGGCCUACGGUGAAGAUCUCCCCCCACCACCACCCCCUCCCACCGCUGCAAACCUCCCCAAGGUCUCCUACGGGGCUCUGGGAGGGGCUCAGCCCCAGGCCAGCCGGCCAGAAGAGGAGCUCGAUCGAAUCACCAAGAAACUGGUCCAUGACAUGAACAACCCCCCCUCCGAGGAGUAUUUCGGACGCUGUGCUCGAUGCGGGGAGAACGUGGUUGGAGACGGGACAGGCUGCGUGGCGAUGGAGCAGGUAUUUCACGUGGAGUGCUUCACCUGUAUGACCUGUCACUGCCGCCUGCGUGGGAGGCCGUUCUACGCAAUCGAUAAGAAGUCGUACUGCGAGUCGUGUUACAUUAACACCCUGGAGCAGUGCUCGGUCUGUUCCAAGCCCAUCAUGGACCGGAUCCUGAGAGCGAUGGGCAGAGCCUACCACCCACAGUGCUUCACCUGUGUCGUGUGUCACCGGUGUCUCGAUGGGAUCCCAUUUACGGUGGAUGCCACCAGCCAGAUCCACUGCAUCGAGGACUUCCAUAUGAAGUUUGCUCCUCGCUGUUGUGUCUGUGCCGAGCCGAUCAUGCCCGAGGCGGGUCAGGAAGAGACAGUGCGGAUUGUGGCACUGGACCGCAGCUUCCACGUCACCUGCUACAAGUGUGAGGAUUGCGGAUUCGUCCUGUCCUCGGAGGGCGAGGGCUGCGGCUGUUACCCAUUGGACGGACACAUCCUGUGUAAGAGCUGUAGUGCCCGGCGCAUCCAGCACCUCUCCUCGAAGAUCACCACCGACUGCUGACAGCCCCGGGGUGGGCGACGGGAUCUCCCGCUCACACCGGGGCUCCCAGAACGCCCCCACCCCCAUCCCCCUAACCUGCCCCGCAAGGUGACGGGGCAACUCCUCCCACCGCACCUCGGGGGCAUCUGCUCCUGUCUUCCACCAGCCCCCAGCUUGUGCCGUGGGGUGGGGGGGGGGGCUGAGGAAGAGGCUGGAUAUCGAACACUCCAGAUCGUAGAGCCUUCCCCCUUCGGGGUAGGAGGGUGCUUCAGACCACCAGUCUCCCCUCCACUCCCCAUUCCCCACCCCCCAGCACCCAACCUCCUGCCUCUCGCUGAGGGAGGGCAGGCUUCGAUCAUUGGCCGUGGCGUCGGGGAGACUCUCCGUGUGGAGCGAGGGCUGGGGAGCUGGUGAGGGGGUGGUUCUCGGCUGCCCUGUGCCAGGCCUGGCUCGACGCAAGAGUUUGUGACUCCUGAUUAACCGAAUCAUUAAAAAAAAAGCACAAAGCAAA